GUGACAUUACUCUUGUAGCCGUUAUCACGGAACCGUUAUCUAAGAGACAAUAUGCGUUAUGAGGACUGUUAAAAUAACACCAUCUUAUUUUCCCAUCUGCGCUGUCCGCUCAGGUUUAACGUCGUCCAGCUGAGCAAGAAAUAGAGAGCGAGCGAGAGAGAGAGGAGGAGGGGGGGGGGGGAGCAACACCUCAUCUCUCCAUUCCCCUUCCCUCGCCUCCUUCGGGCCACACAGAGCAGCAGAUCAAUAUGGGGUUUAAUUGAGGAGCAUGUGUAUUAUUCUUCUGAGUUGCAGUAGUUGGGAUCUGUUGGGAUUUGACCCCGAGGAAGAAAAGGAUUUCAAAGAGAGAGCGACAGAGACUUGGAAAUAGGACAGAAUAUAUAGCAGUCGCUUCUUUUAGUUGUGUUUGUUUAAACUCCCGGAGCGGAGCAUAUGAUACUUGUGCGUCGUUGCAUGCACUUAUUUUCUGGGGAUACCGCGUAAUAUUUACGCGCUGUGAAACACCGAGCUGGAGCGACGUCUAUUCGGUCCUGGACGCACGAUGCUGAUCGGCACCUCUGCCCAGGGCAACCCUCUCCUGGCCUCCCUGCCUGUCCCGGGACGGCCCCUGCAGCCUCACCUCGACCUCAAGCACUUCCUGCCUUUCAGGCUCAAUGGAUCGUCCCCCCUCAGCCUCUUCCCUAACUUCAGCACAAUGGACCCGGUGCAGAAGGCGGUGAUCAACCACACGUUUGGCGUCCCUCAGCCACUCAAGAAGAAACAGAUCAUCUCCUGUAACAUCUGUCACCUGCGCUUCAACUCCCCGAACCAGGCAGAAGCACACUAUAAGGGGCAUAAACAUGCCCGUAAGCUGAAAGCCAUGGAGGCCCAGAAGAACCGUCAGCGUCGACUUGGAGAAGCCACGUCCACAGGCAGGGAGAGAGACCGGGAACGAGACCGAGAACGGGACAGGGGGAGGGCUAAGACUGCUGCAACUGUUACACUUCCCACUGAGACCCUCCCCGCACUCAUGGACACAGGCCCGAUGGAGGCAACGAAUCUGCUGCCUGCUGACCUGGAGCGAGUGGUGAAUUGUGAGGCUGUGAAGCUGGGCGAGAGCCCUGGCAGCAGCAGCUCUGUGAUGCUGACUCCUGUAUCUGAGGUGUCCUCCAUGGAGCUGGCCACCCUGUCCCCCGGGCCCCAGGGAGAGGUGUCCCCCUCCUCCCAGGCCUCAGAGAGUGGAGCCUCAGAUACCAGUGGCCCCGAGCAGGGCCCAGAGGCCCCAAAGGCCACCUCCAGAACAGAGGGGGGUGAGGAGGUCAAGGACCCCAAGAGGAUCAAGCCACACCUCCACUGUCCCGUGUGCAAGGUCACUGUCAACUCUACAUCCCAGCUGGAGGCACACAACAGUGGUACGAAGCACAAGCAGAUGCUGGAGGGCCAGAGCGUCCAGCCGCGGCGCCGGGGGAAGGUGGCGGGGGCUGGGGGGCGCUCGGCCUGCAAGAGCAAGCGCCUGGGCACCAAGGGCAGCGUGGGGGUGGCCAGCAAGAACUUCCACUGCGAGGUGUGUGAGAUCUAUGUCAACUCGGAGACCCAGCUCAGCCAGCACAUGAACAGCAGGAGACACAAGGACCGUCUGGCAGGAAAGCCCCCCAAACCCAAGUUCAGCCCCCACAACAAGAGCCAGCCCACCUCCAGCUUAUCGACUGUGAGAUGGGCUGGGUAUGCAGGCGGGGCCGUGUCUGCCAUGAAGAAAAUGUUCAGCCAGUACAACCUCACCUCUUUCUCUACUCAGACCAAACUGGCCUUCCAGAAGCAGCUGACCAAGAGCCUGACCACUGGCUUCCUGCCUAGCCCCCUCACCCAGCCCACCUUGUGCACCAUGGCAACCAAUCCUCUGGCUCUGCGCCACCCGGCGUGCACCACCUUCUUUCAGACGCCCUUCCUGAGCCCCACCUUGUUCCGGCCCGCCCCGGGGCCCCUGAGGGCCACGCACCCCUCCAUCAUCUUCUCCCCUUAUUAAUGACACAGUACAGCCCCCCGUCCCUCUGUCCCCCUCUACCAACCCUCUUGCCCCGCCUCCAUUACUGUGACUCACAUGACGAGGGCCACGCCACGCACAAACUAUGCAGACCACAGGAGCCAGGAUGGAGAGAACAGAGAGAACGAGGCUAACAACUGCUCCUGUCAGGGAGGACACACCCCCAAGACCCCCCCUCCUCUCCACCACGCCCCAUCUGUCUGCUCCUUCUCCUGUGGUUGGUGGCCUGAGGAACAGGACACAUCUCCAGGGACAUACUGGCACAGUCAGGAGGCCUCUCUCUUACACAGCCAUUUCAUGGGUCGAUUUGGUUUGGAUUCUUAAUAUUAUUGUGUAAUUUAUUAGACAAACAAAAAUAGAUGUAUCUGUUUAGUGUGGUUGCCACAAAUAAGGUCCCUUUACGUCAUACUACUCCUCAGAACAUUGUUUCUAUUAUUGGUUGGCUUGCUUUUUGUUGUUGUGGGUCGAUAUUGGGCAUGCUAGCAGGUGAGCCCAAUGCUCUCUGAGCUUGUGACUGUCUUCAGCCAUAUGUGGACCUGCAGCUCUGCAGACUUACGGACCCAAGUCUAUGAGUGGGAUCUGUCAGAACUAUAUGAACUCAUAUUUUUCCACCAACACCCUUCCACCAAGCCCCUAUCUCCCAAACCCUGUUACUGGGCUCUUGUCAUUGGAACCCAGAGCUCUAAAUUGAUGUGCAGAAUAGAUGCUGAAGCCCUUUCUCUCUCUCUCUCUCUCUCUCUCUCUCUCUCUCUCUCUCUUUUUUUA